UGGCCUUGGGUCCUUCGCAUUUUACAAGUGAUAACCAAAGAAAAAAAGAAAAAGGAAAAAACCAAAGCUGCAACGAGCAGCAGCAAAAUUGCAAAUCCUGAAGCAGAAGUGCCACCAGCAAAAUCUGCUCUUCCAUGGAGGACGCGUCUUGUCGUCUCACUAAUCUCAACCUUAUCCGACACAUCUCGCCGUUCUGACGGAACCAUAAACCGCCGCCUCCUCAGCUUCCUCGAUCUCAAAUCAGCUCCUUCCCCUACCAAACCUAUCCGUUCUGUUAUCUCCUCCGAUAUCCCUGUCGACGACGCACGCGACUUAUUGUUCCGCCUCUACACUCUCAUCGGAAGUAAUACAGAGAUUAUAUGCGGUUGUUGUGCGAGUGGGCUCCAUCACGACUCUAUACCUAUCAAUAAUAUUCUCCCCGUAAUGGUUUUCUUUCACGGAGGAGGUUUUUCCUUUCUUAGCGCUUUAACCAGAUCAUACGACAUUGUUUGCCGUAGAUUCGCACUCAAACUGCCCGCCGUCGUGGUCUCAGUCAACUACUGUCUCACUCCUGAACACCGGUUCCCUUCUCAAUACGAUGAUGGAUUUGACGUCCUCAAAUUCCUCGACGAGAACCAAGACACAAUGCGAAUUUAUCCAAAUGUUUCCUUGCAAGAUAGUGCUGGCGCAAACUUGGCGCAUCAAGUUGCGGUUAGGGCCAGCAGGACCCAAUUUCGUGUUGCUAAGGUUGUUGGUUUAAUAUCUAUGCAGCCGUUCUUUGGAGGCGGGGAUAGAAGUGAGCCUGAGAUCCGACUAACUAGUUCCAUGUUAGUGCCGGUUCCCCGAACCGAUUGGUGUUGGAAGGUGUUUCUACCGGAAGGUUCGAAUCGGGAUCAUUACGCUGUGAACGUUAGCGGACCUAACGCGGAGGAUAUUUCGUACUAUGAAGGGCUAAAGAGGUCCGGCAAAGAGGCUAUCCUGCUCGAGUAUCCAAACAUGUUUCAUGCCUUUUACAUCUUCCCAGAAUUGCCGGUGUCAUCUCAGUUAAUGUCGCAAGUCAAAGAUUUUGUUGUGAAUCUUUUGUCUAAAUAAAUAAUAACAAUAAUAAAAAAUAAUAGCAGUAAUUAUAGAUUUUUUUUUUUUUCCCAAAACGAUAUCAGAUAUAUUAGAAAUAAAAGAAGUCAGUAGUAGAUACAACAUUUAGAAUUCUUGAACCAACCGAAUUGGUAGCAAGGAUUUAAAGAAAAUUCAUGAUUAACCCCCAUUCUAGCUAA